AUGGCAGAACUACGCUCGACCCUCGGCAUGGCCCAUCCUCCACGAGAUGCCUUCCAGAUCGGCUGGAUAUGUGCCCUUCCAAUUGAGGCUGCAGCUGCAGCCGAAAUGCUAGAUGAGAAAUUCGGUAUUCUCGAGGAGCAAGACGCGGCAGACUCAAAUACCUACACAAUAGGCCGAAUCGGCAAACACCACGUCGUUAUCGCCUGCCUGCCUGGAGGCCAAUACGGAACCACCUCAGCCACUACGGUCGCAAUCAACAUGCUUCGAACCUUCUCCCAGUCACUCAGAAUCGGACUAAUGGUCGGUAUCGGAGGUGGAGUUCCUUCAGCUACUCAUGAUAUUCGUCUCGGCGAUAUCGUGAUUAGCUUCCCCGAAGGCACUUGUGGUGGAGUGGUACAAUAUGAUAUAGGAAAGAUCAUUGAAGGCGGUGGAUUGGAACGAACUGGCUCAUUGAAUAGCCCCCCGAAGGCACUAUUGACCGCAGUUAGCACGAUGAGAGCUAGUGGGCUGACGGACGAUCCCCGCUAUCUGGAAUAUAUCCAAAACGCAAUCGAAAGGAAUGCUCGAACUCGGCGAAAUUUUGGCCGGCCUAACGCAAAGUCGGAUCGACUGUUUCAGACGGAACAUGAUCACAUCCCAAAUGCGAGCAGCUGUGAUGGAUGUCCAGCAGAAUGGGAAGAGACAAGAGGCGAACGCGAGGAUAGUGAUCCACAGCCCCACUAUGGUAUCAUUGCUUCUGGUAAUAAGGUCAUCAAGCACGGGCGGACAAGAGAACAACUUCGUUUAGAGACAGGGGCAUUGUGCUUCGAGAUGGAGGCGGCUGGUCUUAUGUUGGACUUUCCCUGCAUUGUCAUCCGCGGUGUAUGUGAUUAUGCCGACUCGCACAAGAACAAGCAAUGGCAGGGGUAUGCGGCCCUAGCAGCUGCAGCCUAUGCCAAAGAUCUGCUGGGAUACGUUCCUCUUAGCCAUGUUAUUAUUCUAGUAAAUGAGGUCCAGGCUAUGACAAAGAGCGCUCUCUCCGGCAUAUCCGACAUACGUCAGACCCAGAUCACGAUUAAAUAUGAUGACAUUCUUCAAUGGCUUGCCACAGACGAUCUUCUCUCCAAGCAUAAUGACCUUGUUCAGCGACGAACAGAGGGAACUGGGAAGUGGUUUUUAAAGUCCGAUGAAUUUCAGUGCUGGCUCAAGGAUCCACAUCAGAAUCAGACGCUCCUUUGCACCGGAAUUCCAGGCGCAGGAAAGACGGUUAUUGUGUCCCUUGUGAUUUCCUUUCUCCAGAGACACUUCCAUACAGAUACUUCUGUUGGCACCGCGUACAUAUAUUGCGACUUCAAGCAACAACACCUACUGAAACCGUGGAUUUUGAUUGCAAGCCUUUUAAAACAGCUUGCGCGACUGCACCCAAAUUUUUCGCGUGUGAUAGAGCUCUAUGAAUAUCACCAGAGAUACAAGAGUCGACCCUCUGUUAAUGAGCUGAUAGAUGUGUUUCAAGCUGUCGUGACUUCGCUUUCUAGGGUCAACAUUGUGAUUGAUGCCUUGGAUGAGUGUCAAACCAAUGAUAGUCUUCAAAGAUUUCUGCACAUAAUUUUCUCAUUGCAAGCCAAAUAUGGUGUGAAUAUCAGCCUUCUUGCGACUUCACGCCACAAUGGAAAUAUCGAAGGUCUAUUUGGAUCAAGUCUUAGAUCUGAAAUUUCUGCUGGAGAAGAAGACAUUCGAAGCUACCUGGACCAAAGAGUGACCGCGUUUACAGAUCAGCCAAUCAAGGGGAACGAAGUCCUGAGGGCAGAUAUUGUAAGAAAGAUCUUAGAAGUUGCCAAUGGAAUGUUUCUCCUCGCUGAACUCUAUGCCAAUCGAUUGGCCGAUCUGAUAACGAUCAGCGACGCCAAGCAUAUGCUUGAUGAACUUGACACGUUGCUUACAGAUUCAAAUGAUGGAGAUGUCACAAGAGCAAGGGCUCUUGACGAUGCAUACAAGGAGGCAAUGAGUCGAAUAAUGAGUCAAACAGAACAACGGAGUGAUCUUGCCCUCAGAGUUCUGUCGUGGAUAACAUGCGCAAAAAGCCCCUUAAGUCCCUCGGAUCUUCAAUACGCUCUUGCGGUCGAGCCUGGCACAAGGACGCUUGAUGAAGAUAGAAUCGCCAGUAUUGAAGCUCUGGUGUCUUUAUGUUCUGGUCUGGUAGUUCUUGACCAGAAAAGCCAUGUUGUUCGCUUGGCUCACUACACCACACAGGAGUAUCUUGACCGUACUUCGAGUGUCUGGUUUCCUGAUGCUCACAUUGAAAUCGCCAGAGUAUGUGUCACAUACCUGUCCUUUGACAGAUUUGGAUUCUUUGACAGUCCUAUUCUUCCUACCGGUACUGUUAACGAGGCGCGUGAAUUAAUGGACAAGUUCCUUGGGACUCCACUUUGUCGAUAUGCUACAGCAUUCUGGGGUUACCAUGCCCGAAACACCGCGAUCGAAGAGGAUCAGUUGAUACUGAACUUUCUCCAGAGACUAAAGCCAGAUUCUACCUAUUGUUGGGCCCUGAGAAGUUGCCUCAGCACCAUGGGUUCGCAUGAUAUUAUUUUAUUUAGUUUACAGGUUGCAGCUCACUUUGGAUUAGCCAAAUCCAUAUCCAAAUUGUCGAACAUUUCUACUGAAGCUUUGCCGGAAGUGAGUUUGUCGGAGGUGAUUGGGCAUCCUACAGCUUUAACCAUGGCUCUGAGCACAGCUGCAAGAUGGGGAUGGAGAAAUGUCAUAAAGCUACUUCUUGACCAAGGAGCUACAAUCGAUGAAAACACCAUGCUUGUUGCAGUGGAGGGUGGGGCCAAAGAUUUCUUGAAGCUCUUUAUUGCUAAAGGACCCAAAGAUUUAUUGGAAAGCUGUGGCUUGAAAUUGCUUGAAAGAGCUGUUCAAAAUGGAGAACAGGACAUAGUCAUAAUUCUCUUCAAUGAAGGCGUGAAACCUGAUUCUAGAAGAUUGACUGACUUGAUUUCGACGGCUAGCGAGCUGGGCUAUGAAGAUAUCACAGAGAUUCUUCUCAAUGCAGGUGGAACACCUGAGCCAACAUCGCUUUCACUUGCUAUUCGGGGAGGGUACGAAGGAAUCGUGAAGCUCUUUCUCGAAGCAGGUGCAGAUCCUGAGCCAAAAUUGCUUUCAAUUGCUAUCCAGAGCGGGCAUGAAGCUACCGUGAAGCUCCUUCUCGAUGCAGGUGCAGAUCCUCAGUUAGCAGCUGGUGAUGAACUCCCACCACUCCAAAACGCUGGUUCAGGAGGACAUGAAGCUAUCGUGAAGCUUCUUCUCGAAGCAGGUGCAAAUCCUGAGCCGCGAUCGCUUUCACUUGCUAUGCAGAGAGGGCAUGAAGGUAUCGUGAAGCUCCUUCUCGAAGCAGGUGCAAAUCCUGAGCCAAGAUCGCUUUCACUUGCUAUCCAGAGAGGGCACGGAGGAAUCGCGAGAUCUCUUCUUGAUAGGGGAUUCAGUCCCGACCCUGAAGGACUGGAAACUUCAGAUCUUAUACACGCAUCCAAGCAUGGCAUGCAUUCUGUAGUAGAUUUUCUCCUUGAUCGCGCACUAGAUAUUGAAGCACAAGACCCAGAUGGGUGGACAGCACUGCGGUGGGCUAUACGAGAAGGUCAUGAAAAAGUGGUCAAGUCAUUGAUCCAGGGGGGUGCAGAUGUUAGGUCUUGCAACAAGGGUGAAACAGUUUAUGAGCUGGCUCUAAGAUGUGAUAAUCGUUUUGUUCUUAGGUUGGUGGAAGCAAAACUUUCUGAGCUUCAUGAUGUGUCCUCAGAGACUGACAUGGAGCCAUCGGAGUCGGAGCUAGACCUGGAUGAAGGAGACCAGGAGCUCAAUGAUGAAGAUUGA